CGCACAACAAGGAAGUGUUCAGAUACCAGGGUGGAACGCAUUGCUGCUGCCUGUGGCUUCUGCAGAGGGGGAGAGACUCUGAACCUCAAUGUCGGGGUGCUGGGCCACAGUGACAGCGGGGAGACUCUGAACCUCAAUGUCGGGGUGCUGGGCCACAGUCACAGCGGGGAGACUCUGAACCUCAAUGUCAUCCUCCACCGCCUCCCCCGGGGAGACAAGAACCACCAAUGUCCGGGGUGCUGGGCCACAGUGACAGCCUGGACCUGGGACUUCUCCUCAAUGUCACCAUGCCCAUGGGCCCCGAGACACCGGGUAAUGGCGUCUACAGAUCACCCAUCACAUGCCGCCCUCAGGGCCACAGUCAUAGGAGACGUGAUCAGUCCUUGU